AUGCAUCCCUUUCGUUAUGGGCUGGCCUUGCUGGCAUCAAUCCUAUGUCUGGUCUCCUGGGCCAAUGGCAGCGGCCUCCACGUUCGGGCCACCGGAACCACGGUACGCUUCAAUCUUACACUGACAUGGGAGGACUGGGCACCGGCAGGUGUGCCCCGGAAGAUGAUCCUCAUGAACGGCCAAUUCCCCGGUCCGGCACUGCAGUUGCGGCAAGGGGAUGAUGUCGAGUUCCUGGUGCUCAAUCAUAUGCCGUUCAAUACCACCGUACACUUUCAUGGAAUCGAGCAGCUUGGCACUCCUUGGUCCGACGGUGUCCCUGGUUUGUCGCAAAGGCCUAUCGCGCCUGGUGGCCGUUUCCUCUACAAAUGGCGAGCGACAGAUUAUGGGAGCUAUUUCUACCACGCUCACAACAGAGGCCAGAUUGACGACGGCCUCUAUGGAGCGAUAUACAUCCACCCGGAUGACUCGGUGGAGAAACCAUUCCAUCUGAUCACGAAUAACACAAGCGAGCUGCAGGCUCUGCAGACAGCUGAGCAGAAUACUAAGCCUGUGAUGCUUUCAGAUUGGCGUGCACUGACUUCAGAAGAGGUGUGGCGAGGGGAGGAAGAGUCGGGAUUAGACGCAUACUGUGUCAAUGCGAUUCUGGUCAACGGGAAAGGCGCGAUUGAUUGUCCCGGGCAACAGGCUCAGAAUGAGCUCGCCAGUGCUGCGCAGAAACAGAUCCUGGGCAACCAGAGCCUAACUGACACCGGAUGUAUAUCGCCCUAUUUAGUAUCCACAGAAGGCACGUUUCGUCAUAACUACAGCGCUAUGCCACCAUCCAUGUUUUACGGAUGUGUUCCUGGAAACGGUGGGACUGCGCGCUUCCUGGUUGACCCGUCUGCCAAUUAUGUCAGUUAUGACCUGAUCAGCGCGGCGGGAGUCUCGAUGAUCACCUUUUCCAUUGACGAGCAUCCGUUGUAUGUCUAUGCCAUUGACGGACGGUACAUCGAGCCAACUUUGGUGGACGCGGUCACUAUUGCCAACGGUAACCGCUACUCGGUCUUUGUGAAGCUGGACAAGCCAGCUGGGGAUUAUACCAUCCGUGCGGCAAACUCUGGGAUCAACCAAGUCCUCAACGCUACUGCAGUUUUGUCAUACGACAACGCGAUCAAGACCCAACAGGGUGCUUCAGUGGCCUCAAUUGACAUUCAUGGAUCGGUCGUCUCUUUUAACUACACCCUGCUGAAUGAAAGCACGAUCAUGCCGUUCCCGGUGGAGGUGCCGUCUCAGGAGGUCGCGCAGACAUAUAUCCUGCGAGUCGGUCACUAUAAUGCCUCCUACCUCUGGACCAUGGGGAACUCUACCUUCCCGCUUUCCCUGGAGGCAGCAUCGCCCCUACUCUUUUAUCCGUCUACGGCUAAACCCGAUCUCACGAUCAAGACACUCAACGGAACCUGGAUCGACUUGAUCUUCCAUGUGGAUGGCCAGAUCCAGCCCCCUCAUCCAGUCCACAAACAUAACAAUAAGUUCUAUGUCAUUGGCCAGGGCAACGGAGCGUGGAGUUACUCGUCUGUGGCGGAAGCGAUGCGAUAUAUCCCGGAGAGCUUCAAUCUCAAGACCCCUCAGAUUCGAGACACAUUUAUCACCCCGGCUGCGGCGACAGAAAACACCUGGCUGGCGCUGAGAUACCAGGUUGUGAACCCCGGUGCAUGGCUAAUCCAUUGCCACAUUCAGGUGCAUCUGAGCGGAGGCAUGGCGUUGGCGAUCCUGGACGGGGUGGACGAGUGGCCGGAGAUUCCCGAAGAGUAUCAAUUGACUAAUUAA